AAAAAACAAAAAUCUUAGAAACCCACUUGAGAUUUCGACCAAUUCUAUGAUGGAGGAGGGAUUUUUAACACAUUGAGGAUCAAAAGAUGGGAUUUUCAAUGUUGGCUUCAUUGGGUUCUCAUGUUUUUGUUGGGAAUUCUUAUGGAAACAAUGUUGUAAAGUUGCAAUAUUUCAGUGAAAUUGGAAGAAAUCGCAUUUGUUUCAAGCUUCCCAGGUUUGGGCGUCUCUCGGGACAAGCAAUUUCGAGCAAGUUUGAGUCGUAUGAAUUUGAAGAAAGAACAAGCCCAACUGAGGUCAAGAAAGAAAUAGAAAGAUGCUAUGAACUCAUAAGCAGACUUGGGAGAGGAGUAGUGUAUUUGGGGUCUUCAAGGAUAGGACCUGGUCACUCACAUUACUCACAGGCACUAGAAUUGGGUAAAGAGAUUGCAACUCUUUUGGACUGUACAUCAUGGACGGGAGCUGGCCCGGGGCUAAUGGAUGCUGCUACAAAAGGUGCUUUACAAGCAGGAAAACCGGUUGGCGGGUUCAAGAUUGGUAAAGAAGCCGGUGAAUGGACGACGUCGAAUUUCCAUCCCUACUUACCAUUAGAAGUAUAUCUUACAUGCAGGUUUUUCUCUGCUCGGAAACAUGGCCUUGUUGAUGCUGUGGUGAGGAAUAGUAGUAAUGAUCGAACUGCUGUCGUUGCCCUUCCUGGUGGGGUAGGGACUCUAGAUGAGAUCUUCGAGAUAUUAGCAUUGAUUCAACUGAAGCGAAUUGGUUCGGAACUACCAGUUCCAUUUUUGUUGAUGAACUACGACUCAUAUUACUCGAAGCUGCUGGAAUUUCUUGAUGAUUGUGAGGUCUGGGGUACAGUCUUUGAUGGAGAGGUUGCAUCUCUGUGGAAGGUUUGUGAUAACAACUCCGAGGCUUUAGCUUAUUUGGCUGAAUUUUAUGACCUGCAUCUUAGUGACAAAGUUAGACAUGCAAAUGAAUUGAGAAGUGCACAUGAAACAAUUUCUUGAUAGGAUUUUUCUGCAACCUAUUUGGGAUGUAUCAAACCGUUAAGAACUCAAUAACAUGUGGAAUCUGGUUCAUCAUUGAACUAAUUAUCUUGUUUCUGAAUGAUGUUUCAUUACACAUAUAUUAUAUACUCUAUAUUCUUGAACUAGACUAGUGAGACUUUUUAUAUUGAUAUUUUUAAGCCAAUAACUUAUAUGAUAUGCCGGGCAAAGUCCCGUUCCAUAAUUCACUGUGGACUAAAUCUGCAGGAUCUCUAUACAAAUUAAUAUUAACUAUGAAGUGCAGGACAGAUUGCAUAAUUCACUAAAAUAUAUCUGAAAAUCCUUGUAGAAAACUGUAGUUACUUAUCAAAUUAGUAUAUAAUUUUUUUUCGCACUCAUUA